UUAUAUAGUUAGAGGCGCGCGACCUGCCUCUCGGGAGCUCCAGAGCGGACCAAUGACAGGGCCCUCUCUCCGCGCCGGCUCGGCAUUGGGCGAACCGCGCCAGCCUCUCUGCUAGCAGCGGGCGGGGCGCGCUGAGCAGGGACUGGGAUAGGCGCGCCCACUGCGCCAGAGUCCCGGGGGCGCGUGCGCGGUCUCGCGGCGGCCGCGGGGGCUGGUCUCGCGCGGUCUGGAGGUGGAGUCGCCGGCGGCGGCGGCGACGGCGGCGACUGGCAGUUGUGGGGGGCGGAGACCAAGGGUUGUGAGGUGGGGAAUCCGGGAGUUUCUGGAUUCUUUAUCUGGUAUUUUAAGUGCCGCUGGGAGCUGUCCUUCCUGCAGUGUUUAGGAGCAGCCGGGGCGGAGGAUCGGCGGCCGCCGUGGCGCGGAGAGUAAGAAAGUUAGCCAGAGUUCUGUGAAAAAUCAGAGAAGAGAAACUUAAGAGGAUAAUAGAUAAGGUCUUUCCAAUUUGCAUAAUAUUUCCUUCAUGGAUACAUUUUCAUAGCAUUAUUAUGUGAUGUGAGAAGUUUUUUUUUUUUUGAAGUAACAUGGAUUUUAUACUACAGAAUCAAGAGAUUGGCUUUAUAGGAAAAAUUGAUUUAUAAAAAGUGGUACAGGUUUUUAUAGAUAACCAUGACAACAUCCCAUAUGAAUGGGCAUGUUACUGAGGAAUCAGACUUCGAAGUAAAAAAUGUUGAUCUUGCAUCACCAGAGGAUCAUCAGAAGCACCGAGAGAUGGCUGUUGACUGCCCUGGAGAUUUGGGCACCAGGAUGAUGCCAGUACGUCGAAGUGCACAGUUGGAGCGUAUUCGGCAACAGCAGGAGGACAUGAGGCGUAGGCGAGAGGAAGAAGGGAAAAAACAAGAACUGGACCUUAAUUCUUCUGUGAGACUUAAGAAACUAGCCCAAAUUCCUCCAAAGACUGGAAUAGAUAACCCUAUAUUUGAUACAGAGGAAGGAGUUGUAUUAGAAAGUCCUCAUUAUGCUGUGAAAAUAUUAGAAGUGGAAGACUUGUUUUCUUCACUUAAACAUAUCCAACAUACUUUGGUAGAUUCUCAGAGCCAGGAGGAUAUUUCACUGCUUUUACAACUUGUACAAAAUAAAGAUUUCCAGAAUGCGUUUAAGAUAUACAACGCGGUCACAGUACACAUGAACAAGGCCAGUCCUCCAUUUCCUCUUAUGUCCAACGCACAAGAUCUUGCACAAGAGGUACAAACUGUUUUGAAGCCAAUCCACCAGAAGGAAGGACAAGAAUUAACUGCUUUGCUGAAUGCUCCACAUAUUCAGGCACUUUUACUGGCCCAUGAUAAGGUUGCUGAACAGGAAAUGCAGCUAGAGCCCAUUACAGAUGAGAGAGUUUAUGAAAGCAUUGGCCAGUAUGGAGGAGAAACUGUAAAAAUAGUUCGUAUAGAAAAGGCUCGAGAUAUUCCAUUGGGUGCUACAGUUCGUAAUGAAAUGGAUUCUGUCGUCAUUAGUCGGAUAGUAAAAGGAGGUGCUGCAGAGAAGAGUGGUCUGUUACAUGAAGGAGAUGAAGUUCUGGAGAUUAAUGGCAUUGAAAUUCGGGGGAAAGAUGUCAAUGAGGUUUUUGACUUGUUGUCUGAUAUGCAUGGUACUUUGACAUUUGUUCUGAUUCCCAGUCAACAGAUCAAGCCUCCUCCUGCCAAAGAAACAGUAAUCCAUGUAAAAGCUCAUUUUGACUAUGAUCCCUCAGAUGACCCUUAUGUUCCAUGUCGAGAGUUAGGUCUGUCCUUUCAAAAAGGGGAUAUACUUCAUGUGAUCAGUCAAGAAGAUCCAAAUUGGUGGCAAGCCUACAGGGAAGGGGAUGAAGAUAAUCAGCCUCUAGCUGGGCUCGUUCCAGGGAAAAGCUUUCAGCAGCAAAGGGAAGCCAUGAAGCAAACCAUAGAAGAAGAUAAGGAGCCAGAAAAAUCAGGAAAACUGUGGUGUGCAAAGAAGAAUAAAAAGAAGAGGAAAAAGGUUUUGUAUAAUGCCAAUAAAAAUGAUGAUUAUGACAAUGAAGAGAUCUUAACAUAUGAGGAAAUGUCACUUUAUCAUCAGCCAGCAAAUAGGAAAAGACCUAUCAUUUUGAUUGGUCCACAGAACUGUGGCCAGAAUGAAUUGCGUCAGAGGCUUAUGAACAAAGAAAAAGACCGCUUUGCAUCUGCAGUUCCUCAUACAACUCGGAGUAGGCGAGACCACGAAGUAGCAGGUAGAGAUUACCACUUUGUUUCACGGCAAGCAUUCGAGGCAGACAUAGCAGCUGGGAAGUUUAUUGAGCAUGGUGAAUUUGAGAAAAAUUUGUAUGGAACCAGCAUAGAUUCUGUACGGCAAGUGAUCAACUCUGGCAAAAUAUGUCUUUUAAGUCUUCGUACACAGUCAUUGAAGACUCUCCGGAAUUCAGACUUGAAACCCUAUAUUAUCUUCAUUGCACCUCCUUCACAAGAAAGACUUCGGGCACUGUUGGCCAAAGAGGGCAAGAAUCCAAAGCCUGAAGAGCUGAGAGAAAUCAUUGAGAAGACUAGAGAGAUGGAACAGAACAAUGGCCACUACUUUGACACGGCAAUUGUGAAUUCAGAUCUUGAUAAAGCCUAUCAGGAAUUGCUUAGAUUAAUUAACAAACUUGAUACUGAACCUCAGUGGGUGCCGUCCACUUGGCUGAGGUGAAGGAAACAUCCAUUCUGUGGCAUGAGUGGACUUGAUCUGGCAAACUGCCAGUAGGAAGAUAGCCCUGAUACUUCAGCAAGACGCUGAGGAUAUGGUGGCAGGCAGUAUAAGCUGUAGACUUGUUCUUAGAUCUCAAACUAGUGAAAAGAAAAUCCCUUUAGGUGAUUUGUGCACAGCAGUCUUUAUUCUCUAUACAUGGCUUUAGAAGUUUUUUGCCUUGUUUGGGGAUUCUAAAUGGAAGCUUUCAACAGAGCAGUUCCAUUUUAUCCAUGUAAAAACCUUUUAAUUCUGUUUUCACCUAACUAAAUCUUUUCCGCCUAGUCAUAUUUCCAUGAAAAACUUGUAUGUAUAUACACAGUGGUCCAUAUCUCACAUAGUUAUAAAUAUUGAUAUUAUUUAACAGUUAACUUAAAUGACUUCAUGGAAAUGUGGUGGCGAGGGGGUGGUCUGUGCUUCUGUGCACUGGCAAGACAGUAUUUGGUUAGAAGACUGGUUUAGUCAUCAGAAAUACUUUCCUAAAAACAAGUUGCCACUUUGGUCUGGAGCUACUCUGUUAGGCUUGAAUUCAUUUGUCUGUCUUUUAAUUCUUAAAAAACAUUCCAUUAGAGCCCCAAUUUUUUAGCUCACUUUGUGGAUCAGACUUCACUGCACACUCAGCAAACUCUGAUCUAGUUAAACAUAUACAACAUAUGCUGAUCUUUUUAAAAUGUGAUUUUAUGAAUUUUUUUCUUAAAUUGUUGCAACUGAUUUGAUAACUUUGCUUCCUUUCUCUGAUCUGCAUAGUACAAUAGAAUGUGUAAGUUACAUUUUUAUGAAUGGCAGAUGUUCAUAUAAACUGUGUUGACUGUUAAAAAGUUUCUUCCUCAUGAUGCAGAUAGUUUUUUAUAUACAUGAGAGGACGUAGCACAUUUGACAGAUUUUGCAUUUUUAUAUAUGAGCAAAGUAUAAUUUGAUGACUGUGCUCUAUAUAUAGGUAAUAAACUGGAAUUCUGUGAUGAAUAUAUAGCUGCUGUACUGUAUACUAAUAUUUAACAGAUUGACAAAUAGUCAUUGAGAACACUUGUUCAACAUUGAAAUAAAAAUUAUAUAUAUCUGAGGGAAAUACUAUGACAAUUGACUUUGAGAUCAGAAGGAAAGGAUGACCUGAAAGUCAUUUGAACAUUUUAGGAAAAGAACACUGGGGGAAAAAGUUAAGCAUAUGGAAGCAGGUUUUUAUCCUAACAAGGUCUGCCUCUUAUGACCAGAAUGCAGCAGCUUGCUAAAUCAUCAAUGUUUAAGCUAAUGGGAUUUUCGUACUGUGUCUGUAGCUGUAGCUUUAAAAUUCAACUUCUGUAAUUGACAUGGAAAGUUAAUUUGUUAGUUUUUUCAAGCCUUAGGGAUGGUGUGAUGUGUGACAAACAACCUCAAAUGUGAAUGUCUUGAU